AGUUAAAUAAAAUAAUUUAAAAAACUAUAAUGCUUUGAAAAACAUCUACCUAUAUAUAAUUUACCUAUCAACAUGUGCCCUAUAUAUGCUAGAGAGGGAGAGAGGUUUACACACACACACACACACACACACACACACACAGGAUUGGGGAGAAUUCUGAGAAAGCUUCCCUCAUGGUGUACACCUAAGAGAGAAACCACAGAUGACUGCAGAAGGGUGACAGAGUCCAUGAGGACCCUUCUGUUCUCUCUGUCCAAUGAAAUAAAAUGUAAACAGUAGAAAAGGUCACCAAAACCGGUUUUCAUCAGAGCACUUGUGAAAACAUAUUGUAGCUGGGGAAAGGAAAUAAAAAACAGCAACAGCAACGAAACGCUUCUAUGCCAUGAGGAAGAGCAACAUUUGGAAAACAAGAUUAUUACACUUAAGAACACGACCUUAAAACUAAAGUUUAAUCUUCACAUAUUUAUUUUCACAUGAAAACAUUUUACUUUGUGGUACGAUCAAAAUUACAUACCAAUUAUUCCAUUAUUGUUUAUGUCACUGAAAACUAGCUCUCCACAUAGCACAGAUGAAUAUCAAUCUCUGUACCCAGUUGGCAUACACAAACUCCAUAGAUCAUUAGUCUGAAAAGGGUCUGGGGGUUGAUUUAGGUCAGGAUCCGCAGGGUUACCAAAAGGUCAUGGUUCUUUAAGAAACUUAGUGUCUAAAGUGCUAUAGUGAACCACAGCUUUAAGUUUUCAUUUUUUCCUGAGCAAGUGCUGCUCAAAAUUGAACAUUUUCCAUUUAUACCAUCCACCUUCAUUCCAGAGUUCUCUUGACAACAUAGAAAACAACUGUUAUCCAAUAUAUUUUUGUUGCUGUUUCAGAAAGUAGAAGCAGAAGCAGAAGAUGAAUUUUACAUUAAAAUCAGCAGAAAGAGCUUAAGGACGCACCUAGUUGUUCAAUAAUAUAUCAAUAAGGGUUUUACACUAAGCAAGGUAGAAUUUAAAACAGAAGAAAGUUAUAUAUUAAGCUGAUUAAUGCACUUUUAAAUUUGGACUUACAAAGUUGACUUCAACGUCUUUUAGUUUACAAUCGUAAACUUUAUCUUUCUUCAGUCCACGUAAUAAUAAGCAUUUCUAAGACAUGAUCUAAAAUUACCUCCUUUGCUGCAAAGCUUUCUGUUAUUCACUACAAACCACUCCAGUCAGUACCUAGCACUUAAAGGACUCAAUGUGCACAUACUUGUUGACUCUUAUUAAAUAUAUAAUACAUAUAAACACAUGUUACUAAAAUGUAUCAAAACCUUUUUAUAAAUAUUUUAGUUCUCCUCCUCUAAGGGGCACAUGGUUCCACUACAUUUUCCAGAAUCUCAGAGUAUUAAUGCAGUCCUCUUCAAGUGGAAGACCAACAAAUCUUUGUCCAAUGAUUACCUGGCAGUUUUAGCAGAAUUUGCAGCAGGUGAACAUAUUUUUCACAAUCCUGGCUGGAACUUAUGCUCUUAUCAGCAGCACUUGACACAAGGUAUUAAAAUGAAGUAUAAUACUGUCUUAUUGAAGAAGCAGAAGAGUGACAAUAUGGGGAAAAAAUUCUUUUGCCUUCUGAUAUUAGUAAUUUUCAUAGCAUAUUCUACUCAUACACCCCUCCCAGAUGGUAUUGAGGAGCCAUGGAAAAUAAUCCUGUUGAAUACACUUUUGAGAACAACAGCAUAUUUGUUCCUCUUGGCUGAGAUGCUGGGACUAGUCCACUUUGCAGAAUUUACAAUCUUCUUGUCAAGUUUUCUAAAUGUUUCACCAGUAUCAGAUGACAAUGUAACUGUGAAAGAUACUACAUUUAACAAUGUUCCUGUCCGUGUAUAUGUGCCCAAACGGAAGCCAGAAUCAUUAAGAAGGGGCGUAUUUUAUAUCCAUGGUGGUGGCUGGUGUUUUGCUAGUAAUGCUAUGAUUAAUUAUGACCGCUUAUCAAGAAUGACAGCAGACAGACUGGAUGCAAUUGUUAUAGCAACCAACUACAGAUCAGCUCCAAAGUUUCAUUUUCCAGUUCAAUUUGAAGACACUUACACGGCAUUAAAAUGGUUUUUACACCCCCAAAUUCUUGAAAGUUAUGGUAUAGAUCCUGAGAGAGUUGGUGUUUCUGGAGAUAGUGCUGGAGGGAAUUUGGCUGCAGCUGUGUGUCAGCAGCUCUUAGAGGAUCCAGAUAUCAAGAUCAAACUGAAGACCCAGUCCUUAAUAUAUCCUGCCCUUCAGACUCUUGAUCUGGAUUUACCAUCAUAUCGGGAAAACCCAUAUUAUCCAUUUUUGUCCAAAUUAUUCAUGGUCAGGUUCUGGAGCGAAUACUUUACCACGGACAGGUCACUGGAGAAAGCCAUGUUUUCCAACCAACACGUUCCUGUGGAAUCCAGUCAUCUGUUCAAGUUCGUUAACUGGAGUUCCUUGCUCCCAGAGAGGUUUAAGAAAGGCCACGUUUAUAGCAGUCCACGUCAGGGUAGCCCUGAGCUGGCCAAGAAGUAUCCAGGGUUCCUAGAUGUGAGGGCGGCCCCCCUGCUGGCUGAUGACAGCAAGCUGCGUGGUUUACCCCAGACCUACGUCAUCACCUGUCAGUAUGACGUCCUUCGGGAUGACGGACUCAUGUACGUCACCCGACUUGGGAACGCUGGCGUCCAGGUGAUCCUUGAUCACAUUGAGGAUGGAUUCCAUGGAAUAAUUUCUCUUCUACAACUUAAUAGUGGUUAUAAAUUAGCAAAUCAAUAUAUUAGCUGGCUGCAUGAAAACCUGUAGCAAAAAUCUGACCAAUUGGUACCUGUAUGAAGAAAAACGCAAGUCUCAGAAUUUCAAGUAAAAAAAAAAAAAUGAAGAAAAAAAGAACACAGUGGUUUCAUAUUAGAAAUGCACACUUAAUCAACCAUGGUCGUCUUAAAUCGUCAUGCACGUAGCACUUGUUACUGUCAGUGGAUGAGUUUUACAUAUUAUUUCAGAAAUAAUUUCCUCACUUUUGUUCAAGUAUGUAGGUUUCAUUUUUUUCUAUGUUUGUUAUCAUAUUAAAGACAACAAUUUUCUUUCAUUCCGUUUUGCUCACUGGGUAAAUUUUGUCAUAGAACAAAUGGCUCUAUGUAACUUCAAGACAUUACUCGGCAUGGGUCCUUGGCAAAAUCCCAUUUAUCACUAAUAUUAACUUUUACUAUUUCCAAACAUGUUUGCCCCUGCUUGAUAUUAUCGGCCUACCACUGUAAAAUAUGUCUCUUCAUACAAACCAUUUCCUCAGCCCAAGACACUAACAUUUAAACAUACGUACAUUAAAGAUCUAUGUAGACUUCUUGGUAAGAGGAUAGUGACACUUAAUUUUUGCCUGACAUAAAUAACAUUUAAAUUUGCUUAAUGUAGGUCAUGAGACUGUCAAGAAGCGAACAUAAGAAAAUUGAUCCAAAUAUGAGUGGCUAAACAAGGAAGAAGAAUCACAAGUCAAAAAAAUAUA